AGAGAGAGAGAGAGAGAGAGAGAGAGAUGUCGGAGAAGGAAGCGAGGACGAUCAAGCUGCGCUGCCCGCCGCUGUCGAGGACGGUGGCGAUCGCCGCGAGGGGCGACCAGCUGCUCGACCUCGGGUCCAUUGCCCGGGCCUUCGGGCUCGACCCGGCGACGCUGAAGCUCAACGGCCACUUCGUGAGCAGGGGCGCCGACCUGGUGUCUCCUUCCGUCACCUGGAGGUCCCUCCUCUCCUUCUUCUCGUCCAAGGGCUUGCCCACCGGCGGCGGCGGCGGCGGCGACGCCCUCGUCGUCGACGGGAAGCUCCUGAGGGCCGGGAGCAAAAGAGGGCAUGAUGGUGAAGGAAUGAUGGGUAGGCCGAAGCAGGAUGAGUAUGAGGAUGAGGAUUGCUCGGGCCAAAGCAGGAGGCAGAGUGAAGAGGUUCACGUCUCGAAGUCUACUAAGAGAUCGAAGAUCGAUGAUCCGGGCUGCAGGUGCCGUAGCUAUGAUUUGGGUUUGAAGAGGAAGCAUCUGUCCGAGGAAGUGAGCCUGCUCAAGAGGUUGAAGAUAAAUGAUGCUUCUUCUGAUUUUGGAAGUUUUGCCUGCAGAUACAUGGGUGAGAAUUUGAAGAGAUUGAGAGACGGUGGUCGAGAAUUAUGCAUGCUGUAAAAGGGUGGGAUGAGCUUUUCUGUUCUUUUUUCCCCUUUGUGUAAGUAUCUGUUUCUCCUUCCCUGUGGCCUGUGGAUAUUGUUUCAUUGCUUGUGCAGAUAUCCUAAUGCCAACGUUGUAAAAGACGAUAAAUGAAAGUAGACGUAGAUACUACAC